AUGGAUGGAUUCCUGUCAACCCCGGACAGCCUAAGACCCAUGCGCCCGACAGACAAUAUGGCGCCGGACUCGCCGGGCGCCGGCAGCACGACUGACUCUCAUGCAGGAUCGAUGCAAAUGGACACGUUAUCACAAAUUUCAGCAGAACUAGCUACAAUUGCCUCAAACAUGCUGACUAAGGCUGAUAAAACAGCUUUGGUGCAAGAAAUGAGAUCUGCCAUACGAGAAGAGAUCCAGGAGGUGCGGAGUGAUCUUAACGCCCUGGAGCAACGAGUUACUGAAUUGGAAGCAGAUUGCCUACAGGCAGCCCAACAUUCCCAGGCAGCGGAUAACGCCACCUCAAGGCAAGGCACGGUGCUUCUGGACCUGAGGAGACAGGUUGAAGAUCUAGACAACCGCGGACGCCGUAAUAAUAUCCGCGUGAGGGGUCUAGCUGAACAAGCUGGUGAGGAUCUUAUAACUAUAUUGACACAGCUUUUCACGCAAGUACUGGGGGAGGAAGCCCCUGACACCUACCACAUUGAAAGGGCCCAUAGAGCCCUCCGCCCCCCAAGAACCGACGGUCUCCCCAGAGACAUCAUAUGUUGCCUUUUAUCCUUUCAACUGAAAGAGGCCAUCAUGCGGGCAGCUAGGACACAGACUAUCACCUUCAUGGACACGCAGAUCUCACUAUUUCAAGACCUGUCCCACCUGACGCUCGAAGCACGGAGGGCUCUGAGGCCGCUUACCCGUCUGCUGCAAGACAGGAGGAUCCCUUACAAAUGGGGCCAUCCAUUCAGCCUGCAGGCCCGGAAGGACAACUCAUGGCGUACAAUGCGAUGGCCGAAUGACGUACCUGGCUUCCUCCGAGCCCUAGAUCUACCGGCGGCAGCGAUUCCCAACUGGAUCCUCAUGGGCCCACCGCAACAAGCCUCAGACAGCCACCAGCGGGCAACGGACGGGGUCGACCCCCAAGAAGAGGAGGUCCAGAUGGCUCGGAGGAAUAGAGCUUUCAAGCGCCCAGAUCAUGCUAACCCUGAGGACUAUGACCACCCGACCAGCCGGAAGCAGGCCCGCGGGACUUAG